CGGCGACAUACUCGUACGUAGCACCGAGUCGCAACAUCGUCACGCCUGGUGCGACCAGUAUGGAUCGAGUGGGCCACGGGUACCCAUCAGUGAGGGCCGACGUGCUGAACGAGGAUGUAUGGUUCACUGUCCUCUCCUUCAUCGAUCCCACCGAUGCGCCUAAUCUCUCCCUUGUCUCUCGAACCAUUCACCGCCUGCUCGCCGUAUCAUCCUCUCUCGUGCCGACAUCUCCCAGAAAAGCCAGCUUUCCAAGGCCUGCGCCUUCCUGCUAGACGAUCCGCGUCAUCGCGCCUGCUGGCUACGUGAACUCCACGUACACCACAACGUCCUUCAGGACGUUAUUGGUUGCUGGCGCAGCACGGAGGGUUCGUCGUUCGCUGGGAAGCUUGCCGGGCUCCUGCAUGCUGCGCAGAA